GAACAGCAGGCAAGGAUGGAUGUGGUCGACAGCCUUCUUGCGAAUGGAAGCAACAUCACUCCUCCCUGUGAGCUGGGAAUCGAAAAUGAGACGCUUUUCUGCUUGGAUCAGCCCCAUCCUUCUAAAGAGUGGCAGCCAGCCGUGCAGAUUCUUCUGUACUCCUUGAUAUUCCUGCUCAGUGUCCUGGGGAAUACGCUGGUCAUUACGGUGCUGAUUCGGAACAAGAGGAUGAGAACGGUCACCAACAUCUUUCUGCUCUCACUGGCGGUCAGCGACCUCAUGCUCUGCCUCUUCUGCAUGCCGUUCAACCUCAUCCCCAACCUGCUCAAGGAUUUCAUCUUUGGGAGUGCUGUCUGCAAGACCACCACCUACUUCAUGGGCACCUCUGUGAGCGUAUCCACCUUUAAUCUGGUUGCCAUAUCUCUGGAAAGAUACGGUGCGAUUUGCAAACCCUUACAGUCCCGGGUCUGGCAGACCAAAUCCCAUGCUUUGAAGGUGAUCGCCACGACCUGGUGCCUCUCCUUUACCAUUAUGACUCCGUACCCAAUUUAUAGCAACCUGGUGCCUUUUACCAAAAAUAACAACCAGACAGCGAAUAUGUGCCGCUUCCUACUGCCAAAUGACGUCAUGCAGCAGUCCUGGCACACGUUCCUGUUACUCAUUCUCUUUCUUAUUCCUGGAAUUGUGAUGAUGGUGGCGUAUGGAUUGAUCUCUUUGGAACUUUACCAAGGAAUAAAAUUUGAUGCUAUCCAGAAGAAGUCUGCUAGGGACAGGAAGCCGAGCACCGGCAGCAGCGGCAGGUAUGAGGACAGCGAUGGGUGUUACCUGCAGAAGGCCAAGCCCCGCAGGAAGCUGGAGCUCCAGCAGCUGUCCACACCCAGCAGCGGCAGGGUCAACCGCAUCAGGAGCAGCAGCUCCACGGCCAACCUCAUGGCCAAGAAGCGGGUGAUCCGCAUGCUCAUGGUCAUCGUGGUCCUCUUCUUCCUGUGCUGGAUGCCCAUCUUCAGCGCCAACGCCUGGCGGGCCUAUGACACGGCUUCGGCCGAGCGCCGCCUCUCCGGGACCCCCAUUUCCUUCAUCCUCCUGCUGUCCUACACCUCCUCCUGCGUCAACCCCAUCAUCUACUGCUUCAUGAACAAACGGUUCCGCCUCGGCUUCAUGGCCACCUUCCCCUGCUGCCCCAACCCCGGUCCCCCAGGAGCGAGGGGAGAGGUGGGAGAGGAGGAGGAAGGCAGGACCAUGGGGGCCUCUCUGUCCCGGUAUUCCUACAGCCACAGGAGCGCCUCGGCGCCGCCCCCCUGA